CGGCCGAGGUCGCCAUAGAACCGGAGGUGCUUCUGUGUCUCCAGGAGAACUCAUGGACGGGAUCCCGGGUCUCGCAACAAGUGUGACUCGUGCACUGCACAGUGCGGUGACGUCAGUGACGACAAUCUUUGUGCAGCAAACGACAACUGUAGUUUAGGUUAGAUCGUUCGUCACAAGUGGACUGCAAGCCGCUAUUUUGAGGGACAUAUUUUUGUGUUCUCUUCCUAGUCGUCAAGGAAGUCACAAUGGGUCUCUGUCGUAGCAGCCUGACAUGAUCACACUGUUUCCAUCACAGAACAUCCUCAUCAAAGAUAACACCAUCACCACAGAACAUACCCUCUUCUGAUCUUCUGAGAAGAUCCCCUCAUCUCACCCUGUUCACCAGAAGAUCUCCGCGAGAAUCCAACAGAGAAAUGGAUCCCCCUCUUGACUUGAGCGAUCUAGAAUUACGGAAGAGCAUUUUAGCUCGUCAAGAUCAACUGCAGGAUUACCGGAAAACUACUGAAGAAUCUGGCGGGAACAUACACCUGCUACGUCAACAAUCUUGUAGUGCGCCACCUGGUGGCCGUCAGAACUUCCGGCGGUUGACUAUUGACAGAUCAAGGACCAUCAGCAGGCAAUGCAAGGCGAGGUCAGGGGUUACGUCACUUGGUAGGUCAUGCGGCAAUAUUGCUGUAAAUGUUAACGCCAGUCGACCAUUUGAGAAGUCGUCUUGUCGCCCAGUUAGUAGUGCGAGCUGCGAGCACCCCGCCAACGUCAGAACCAUUAUCAGCAGAGACAGCUUGACAGCAGCCUGCCUGGACGACGACUACGUCGACUCAGACCCAGACGAGAACCCUUCACCAUGUAAGACGUCCCUGGAUGACGAGAGGCGCCAUGUCUACCUGGCUGCCUGUCGGAGACUGAAUGUUGUGCCUUCCUCAACCUACCUGAGAUGCGUACGCAGCAAGGUCGUCAGACUGAACCACCAGGGCCUGACAGUUCGGCCAGUCAAGGCAGUGUGUGUAUCACUUGUGGAGGAGCUGGCGGUGACAGAGCUGGACUUGGCGAACAACGACAUCGGGGACGCCGGUCUACGUUGUAUAAUCGACAUGCUGCACCACAACUCGAUAAUACACGUGCUGGACGUGUCCAACACCAAUCUUCAUACCCGCGGUGCCGCUAUGUUGUCUAGUCUGUUGCUGGACAAUGAUUCACUGCAAGUCCUCAAGGCUGCUGGAAAUAGGUUCAAGGAGGAAGACGCAGCCCAGAUUGCCGAAGCUCUCACAAAAAAUACGACAUUAAGAAGCCUUGAUCUCAGUCACAACGAGAUCCGAGAUGGCGGCUGUAGGCUCGGCAAAUGUCUCGGACUAAACUCAACAUUAGAAACGCUGAACCUGAGCUGGAACCACCUGAGAUCAGCGGGUGUGGCUGGAAUGGCUGCUGGCAUCAAGGUAAACAGCGCCCUGAGGACCCUGGACCUGUCGUGGAACGGGCUGGGGACGGAGGGGGCGAGGUCUGUGGGCAGGGCCCUGAGGGACAACGUGACCCUGGAGGAGCUGGCCCUCAACUCAUGUCGUAUUGGGCAGCAGGCACUAGGGGAACUCCUCGGGCAGAUGAAGACAAACACAACCCUGAAGACGCUGAAGCUGAGCAGUAAUCCGAUCACCCACCAGGGCGCACUCUAUCUCGUGGAAUUUCUCAGGGACCACCCAUCUAUGGAGAUUAACCUGGUGGAGAUAUCGGAUGUGGUUGUUUCUGGGGAGUUCUCCAGGCUGAUCGACAGCAUGAGGUGUUUCCGACCGACGUUCCGUGUCGUCCAUGGCGACGUCCUCAGGAGCAAGGACGCUGUAUUGAGAGAACUACAGGUGCCUAGGGUGAAGGUGCGUGACCCGUUUGUGGUGCUGAUGGAGCAUGUUGAUUCCCGGGACAUGAGACUGGUGGACCUGUUCACUGCCCAUGACUCGGACAACAAAGGUGUCGUUUCCCACCAGGACUUUAUUAGAGCAAUCAAGGAGGCUGGGGUCAACAUCGGGAAAAAGCAGGCACGCCAGCUUGUGGACAUGCUCGAUAAGGACUGUAGCGGAGAGAUAGACUUUGUGGAACUGAUCGACAGAGAGAACAAGUACAGAAAACUCCGGGAAGUACGGGUCACAUCAGGGCAUGGGAGCCAGGGCAUCAUGACAGCAAUGGCAAGUGGGAAAGCGGCAUCAAAUCAACUGCACCAAGCAGACACCAAUGAGAAUCACAGGUAGGUGCACACAGACAGUGACAAGUGAAAUUUUGAGAAACAUGCUCAUUACUCAGCACAUCCUCUGUUCAUGAAGCUGUCUCCGUUCCUCCAUCCCACAUUACUAUAGGACAAGGUUGUGGGUACAGAGACACCAUAUACAGGCACAUCAGAACCGAAACCUGGAGUUGUAGCUGCUGCGGUCCGUGGAUAUAUAUACAAGAACAGCCCUGUGAACCACUAGGUUUGUCAGUGUGCUGUUGGUAUGUGCAGUAGUCAUAAUAGCAGUCUUCUUAGAACAAAACACAAGCCAUUAUUAUAUGUUUGUUGUUUAACGGUGCACUCAGCAAUAUUCCAGCUAUAUGGCGGCGGUAUGUAAAUAAUCGAAUCUGGACCAGACAAUCCAGUGAUCAACAGCAUGAUGGGAUGCUAUGUGUCAACCAGUCAGUGAGCCUGUUCACACGAUCCUGUUAGUCGCCUGUUGCGACAGGAUGAGCAUCGAUCUACGCAAAUGGAAUACGAUGUGUCAACCAAGUCGGCGAGCCUGUUAACCCGAUGAUCGAUCAUGUUUAGUUUCACGUCGCACUGAGCAAUAUACCAGCUAUAUGACGACCAUCUGUAAAUACCUGGACCACACAAUCCAGUGAUCAACAGACUGAGCAUCGAUCUACGCAAUUGGGAUACGAUCACAUGUGCCAAUUCUAACCUGGUUCUUCACGAGUGGCCCAGUCUGAAACAACUGCCAAGAGAAAACUAUAUUCAUGUUCAUUAUGUUAACCAACAUUUACAGCAAUGUCAAGCAGCUUGUUAAUAUCCUGAUGGCAAGCAAGAAGCUUACAGCAAACACAGUGACUGACGCCUUUAACCUAUGACCCAGAAACAGUGAACCAAUAUUCAACUGAUCUGUUUUGCUCUCAAAUCCUAAGUUGAGGAUCAUGCACUGACCUGAUGUGAAGUUGAUGUAACUUUUGUACAUUGUUUGUUAGUAAUAGCUAUAUGCAAAUAAAUCUGCCGAAUAAUACUGUCAAAACACAGUGACUAUCACCUCUACCAAGUAGUCAAGACUAGAAAAUAUCUGACACAGCUGAAAGUUAUGUUUUGUAAUUGAAAUAAAAAAGAAAAGGCUUGAUA